AUGGAUGGUGAACUACCUAUUCCUAUGCCGGUGGAGACGAUCCGCCUUGCCUUUGAAGAGCUCAAACGAGCAGUCACUGUUGAUCUGAACACUCAACGUGGUGAUGCUGCUCGACUUGAUGAACGUAAACGGCACUGUCUUCGUUUACUUCAUUUGCUCAAUCAGCAUACUCAUCUCUUUCUUGCGGAAGAGCGAGGAAUAAUCUCAAGUAGUAUUGAGGACAUGGUUGCUCACCUUGAGGACGCUUCCCAUCGCUCAGCAGAUCUGGCUGAUAAACCCUUCUUUGCAACCACAUCCACCGUUCGCACAGGUAGACGUGGCCGACCACGCAUCGAAAUUGAUCCAGGUCUACUUGCAGUUGCAUUCGAGCUUCGUGGACCGAGCCAUCUCGCUACUACAUUCAAUGUCCAUCCACGUACUAUUCGCCGUCGAGUUCUGGAGCAGGGAUUAGCUGAGCCAGGUGAACCUGUCUACGUUGAUUAUGAGCAGCCUGAUGGCUCGAUUGCACGAGUAUACCGUUCCUCAACCGGUGCAGUGUCAGCCAUUGAUGAUGAGGAGCUCGACGGCAUAGUCCUCUACAUCCUGGAUGCUUUCCCUGGCUUUGGUCGCCGCAUGAUCGAUGGCCAUCUGAAAUUCCUAGGCCACCAUAUUCCCCGCUCUCGCAUUCAAGCAUCUUAUGCCCGUGUCCAUGGUGCACCAGCAUCAGGGUUUGGUCCAAGACGCAUUGAACGUCGAGUUUACAAUGUCCCUGGCCCGAACUCCCUAUGGCAUCAUGAUGGGCAGCAUGGGCUUAUCCAAUGGAAGUUUGUCAUCCAUGCUUUUGUCGAUGGCUUUUCAAGAUUUGUUGUUGGCAUUCAAGUCAGUAGCAACAAUACUGCUCGAACCGUGCUUGAUGUCUUCAUUGAUGCCAUUGAGGUGCACGGUAUACCCAGUCGGGUACGCGCCGAUUAUGGAACCGAGAAUGUUCUUGUUGCUGCACUCAUGGAGGCCCUAAAAGGUGUGGAGAGAGGCUCGUAUAUUUGGGGCCGAAGCGUUCACAAUGUCCGGAUAGAAAGACUAUGGAGGGAUGUUACACUCGGCUUUGGCCAGAAGUGGAAAGCCUUCUUCCAGGCCCUCGAGGUUCACGAUGGGCUCAAUCAUAAUCUGAACGGUCACAUCUGGCUUCUCCACCACCUCUUUUCUGAUGCUCUGAAUGCUGACGCCCUUGCUUGGGCUGAGGCAUGGAAUACUCACAUUCUCUCUGUUCGGGGUGAACGACAACGAAGCCCAAAGGACAUGUUUGUCUUUGGCAUGAUGGACAAUGGCAUGCGUGGCCUGGGAGAUGGAGAUGGUCCCUCAGUGGACGAUGUUGAGCUUUCAGCCGAAGAAAUUGCAGAAUUUGGUAUUGAUUGGACCGACAUUGAUGAUACAGUCAUCCAUGCUCAUCAUAACUCCAAUAACCCCGCAGAUGAGUUAGGAGAAAAUCCCUUCCUAACCCAUCAGCCACAGCAUUUAUCCCAUGUGCCUGUUGAAGAGCCUCAUCGUUCGAGUGCCUCCAUGGUCAGCACUAACCCUAGCAAUCCUCCCUCCGCACCACAGUCACAAGUCUCAGAGCUUAUCUCUGGCCCUAUUGCAAGUGCCUGGGAACCACUGACCUCGCAGCCCUUAGCUCCUGGGACCACAAAUGACCGACGACAUAGUCAUGCAGCUGCCAGUCGUACUCGAGCCACGGCUGCAGCUUUCAGCACUCCAGCAUCAUCUUUGCGAGUCAGUGUGCCAAGGGCAGGUCCAUCGCAUCGCAUGUACCCCUCCUCGCAGGCUGGCACCAUUCGUGAAUUCCAACAAGGCCAGCGGACAACAACGACAACAACUGCGUCGACAUCACGAUUACCUGAGACACACAAGUUUCUCAUUCUUCUACUUCCAUACGGAUAUAAGCAACCAGUGUUAAUAAAAAAACAGCCAAAGGGUGUUACGGCGUUGGACGAUUCAAAUAUCAGGCUUCCAGAGCUCAGACUAACGUCACCGUCUACAAACUCCCAUGUCUUCAUUGACACCCUCAGCCAUUUCCACUUGGCCCUUGAGAUUACUAUCACUGCUAAAUCGAACGAACCAGUUUGGCAGGUCAUACAUCGAGAACUGGUUCAACAUGCCAUCAAUCGCCACCUCACCUUUCCCGGUUUCAUUCUUUCUCCUGACACCAAUCGUUACGUUGAGUCACCAUUCGCUUUACUGCAGCUUGGCUAUCAGAAUCAGCAGGGCCAGAAAAUAAAUGAAUGCAAGCUUCCUGGAUAUGACAUCACGCUGUCUAAACUCAUCAAGACAUCAAAACAAAAGCAUCCCGAUCGUGACUUGCGAGUUAUCUUUUACGCUGGACGCUCCCUGAUGCGGGGCCCUGCUCUUCCGGGGGCUGAAGACCCACACCCCUGCUUUGUCCUUCGCAUCAUCCAUCGUCUCCGAGAGAAGGGUGCACUACCUCCAGUAGACAAGGACGACGACGAUUUCAUUGCUGCAGCAUGUGUUCGGGGGUGUCCUGGAUAUCGGGCAACAUCGGUUUCCUCUACUUCCUCUGUUCAAGAGUAUCGGCAGCCUAUUGCAUCCUCAUCCUCAUUCAACUCAAGGCAAACAGGAACAAGUUCCUCUUCAAGUUGGAGUCUCUUUGAUCCCGCUUCUGAUGACGAUGCUGAUGUUGACGCUGACAAUGAAUUUUCAGCUGAUGGCUUUCUUUCCAUGGACGCUAUAUCUGACACCUCGAUGCCCCCGACACCGAUUUCAGCAGUACCAGAGGCUCUGCCGAUGUCGUCUGUACAUAGAGGCGAGGCAUUUCAUACUCUGUUUGACGCAGCAGCAGGUUCCUCAUCCCAGCUUGCACCUGCUCUCGAUGAGCCUAGCACUUUACGCCGGUCGACUCGCCAUCGCCUUCUUGCCAAUGUGAUCAACGUGGACUCCAGCGACUCAGAUUCAGCAGCCCAUGUCAGACCAACAAUUGAUACUCGCUCCGCAGCCAUUCUUCAUUCUACACCGCUUGCUUGGCAAGCAUCCAUUCUCCGCACCAUGCGCUCCUCCCAUCCAGAGGCUGUCACCGCAAUACACAUUAAUGCACCAACAGAGAAAGACGCUGCUCAGGCACUUAUCAAUUGCCUUGUUGCUCACCACUCAGGCAUUCCCAUUUCAACACUCGUGUUCUCAGAAGGGGUUGAAGUUGCGGUGUUUUCAUUUGACGCCCUCCCCCAUGGUAUUUGUCACUUCCAAGUGGGCUCAGGUGUGGGUAAUGGUGUCGAGCAUGCCGUGCUGCGAUCAGCCAUCAAGAUGAUAGUUGACGACCCAUGCUAUUGGCAAAACCACGAUGGUUUUGCACUUUGGGCUUUGCGCCCUAAUCCUGAGCACACAACGUUGGCUCGUCAAGCUCGUGCCAAGGCUCACGGAACUCUCUGUGCGCUUCAUAUGAUUUCAAUGGCUGCACUCCCAUGCCCGAUUUCUCCCUUCCUCAUUCUUCUCACAAUUCAAGACUUUUCGACCCUUAUUGACACCACAUUCAUCAAGAAAAUACACUCUGAAAUUGCUGAUACUCUCCUUGCUUGGCCCAUGGAUCCCAGCACCCCCAUCGAUAUCACAAACCGCGAAGAGUACAAUCGGCUGCGCCCUGUUGUCAUGUCGUAUUUAAACGCCUCCUCGCUCGCAUUCUUAAGUGAUGCCAGUGAAGAGGAGCGGCAGAACUGGACACUCAUCAUUUAUGCAAAGUGCCUUCUUGCGGGGCCGAACGAACAUAUCAAGGCACUGCCCGAGAUCUCUGCAUUUGCGGAAGGAUUCAAUCUCCGUAUCUCACCUUACAUGCGGCUGAACGAUACAUUUGGGAAUGCCCAGACAACUAAGUCCCUCUUGGUAUUAAUGGAUGCCCGUCAACUUCAUUCGCCCACUCAACUCAUCGACAAGCUCCAUGUUAUUGACAAUCCUCAAGAUGAAGCAAUCGGUGCAGUCUUUCAUUCCCAUUUCGCACGAUACCUGCGUGGUGUGGGGCAUCCAAUGCCUGAGGAUCCUUUGACCGACUUUGUCAGUGAUGCGGGACGUCGCGCUGAAGCUGAGAACCCAAUAUACCGCGCUCAGCAGUUCUUGCAAGUCAGCACAGGCUCAGAUAUUGUUCCAACUGAUGCUAACUGGGCAAUUGAGAUGCGGUUUGUCUGUGCAAUCCCACGUCGCGCAACUCCACCUCGUGGUGGUGCCAGCUCCAGCGAGGACUCAGGAAACUCUGAUGGUGUCCCAUCCAAUACGAUGAUACAACUACAACGAAGUUCGACCUAG